CUAGACAUGCAGACGGCUUCUACAAACAUUGGUGAAAGAAUGGGUCGCUCUCAGGAGCUCAGUGACUCCAAGCGUGGUCCCGUGAUAGGUGGCCACCUGGGCAAUAAGUCCAUCCGUGACAUUUCCUGGCUACUAAAUAUUCCACGCUCAACUGUUAGUGGGAUUAUAACAAAGUGGAAGCCACUGGGAACAACAGCCACUCAACACGCCGCCACUGGACUCUAGAGCAGAGGAGGCGUGUUCUCUGGAGUGAAUAAUCACGCUUCUCUGUCUGGCAAUCCGAUGGACGUGUCUGGGUUUGGCUGUGGCCAGGAGAACGGUACUUGCCUGACUGCAUUGUGCCAAGUGUAA